AUGCAUUUUAGAGCAAUUGCCACUUUUUCAUUGCUGGCCUUGCUUCAGCGGGCUUCUGCCACCUGGAUUCUCGACUUCUAUGAGACUGGCUGUCCAGCGGAAGGCGAGAUUGGAGAUAGUGUUGGCACUACAGCUGGAGAUGCAGAAGAUGAGCUUUGGUGUAUCGGCACCGCUUCUGCGCACAAUAUCGUCGCAACCGGUAUUGAGGCUGACGGAAUGAUCGUGACCCUUUUCUCGGACAGUGGAUGUACCGCCCUCAUCACUGACUUUGAGACUGACGGAUGCAAGGUCAUUCCGCUCGAUGUUAGUUAA